UAAAUUCGUUCAAUAAACGCCGAUCCCGAACUUUAUUGAUUUCUUCAUUUCCACAAUACAACACAAGUCUCCGAGCUGAGCUGAGCUUUCGAUAGUUUUUAACUGAUCUCCUAAGUAUUCUUCUUGCUAUCGUUUAGUCACACAAAGGCAUCAUGACUACUUAUUUUGAUUAUCCAAGCGUUGAGCUCCAGCAGGAGUUAAGCAAAAUCGCUAAAGCCAUGGUAGCUGAAGGUAGAGGACUUUUAGCUGCUGAUGAAUCCACUGCAACCAUGGGAAAGCGUCUUCAAGACAUUGGAGUUGAAAACACUGAAGAUAAUCGCCGUGCCUACAGACAGUUGCUUUUCUCUGCUGAUGAGCCUUUGAAUGAUCGUAUUUCUGGUGUGAUAUUGUUCCAUGAAACUUUGUAUCAAAAAAAUGAUGAGGGCGUUCCAUUUGUUGAGAUCUUAAAGAAUCGUUGCAUUAUUCCUGGAAUUAAGGUUGACCAAGGUGUUGUAAACUUGUUUGGUUCUGAGGGAGAAACUACUACUCAAGGAUUGGACAAUUUGGCUCAACGCUGUGCUCAAUACAAGAAAGAUGGUUGCCACUUUGCAAAAUGGCGUUCUGUAUUGAAAAUUGGUAAAAACACCCCAUCUCCCCAAGCUAUAGCGGAAAAUGCAAAUGUAUUGGCUAGAUACGCUUCCAUUUGUCAAGCUAAUCGUAUUGUUCCAAUUGUGGAACCUGAGGUAUUGUGUGAUGGUGAUCAUGAUUUGGACCGUGCUCAAAAAGUCACUGAAACUGUGCUUGCCGCUGUGUACAAGGCUUUGAACGACCACCAUGUGUACUUGGAGGGUACAAUUUUAAAACCUAACAUGGUUACUCCUGGACAGUCUGCCCCUACAAAAGCAACUCCUCAAGAGAUUGCUAAAGCCACAGUAACUACACUUCAACGCACUGUACCACCAGCAGUUCCUGGAAUCAUGUUUUUGUCCGGUGGUCAAACUGAAGAGGAAGCUUCUGUGAACUUAGAUGCUAUUAACAAGUACAAUGGCAUAAAACCAUGGGCUUUGAGCUUCAGUUAUGGUCGUGCUUUGCAAGCUUCCGUAUUGAAAGCAUGGCAAGGAAAGAAAGAAAACAUUAAAACUGCACAAGACGAGCUCCUUAAGAGAGCAUUGGCAAACAAGUUGGCAGCAUUAGGCAAGUAUGAACCAGGCUCUGUACAAUCGGCUGCUGCUUCCCAAGGAUUGUUCGUUAAGGAUCAUGCUUAUUAAUCAAUCUUAAAAAUUAAACUUCGUAAAUUAUGUAAUAAAUACAUUUCGCAAAUUUAAAAUCAGUUACCAAAAUGCAAACAUUUAUUAUUGUAACAGCUUAUAUCCCAUAUGUAUGUUUGUUUUUGUUAUAGAAAUAUUGAAAUAAUAAAAAUCUUAAAAUAUUA